AUGUUCCCUUCAAAUUUUAACUUGACAAACUUGAGCGAGUUGAGAUUGGAUGGGAAUCACUUCUAUAGAAGGAUCCCAGAUUGUUUGUCUAAUUGCUCCUUUUUGACAACAUUGGAUGUUAGCAAUAACAAACUUUUUGGUGGGAUACCUAGAUGGAUGGGGAAUAUGUCAAGUUUGAAAGAAAUUGUCAUGGCAAAAAAUAAUCUUGAAGGUCCAAUCCCGGAGGAGUUUUGCCAGCUCAACCUUAAACUUCUGGAUCUUUCAGUGAACAAUAUCUCUGGGAAUCUGCCAUCUUGCUUCAGCCGCUUACGGAGCAGUCAAGUCCAUUUAUCAAGAAACAAGCUACAAGGGCCACUCAUAAAUGCGUUUCGUAACAACACUUUCUUGGUGACAUUAGAUCUCAGCCAUAACCACUUAACUGGAAACAUUCCAAAUUGGAUUGGUAGUCUUUCUCAGUUGAGUUAUCUUCUCCUAAAUAACAACCACUUUGAAGGUGAGAUUCCGGUUCAGUUAUGCAAGUUGAGCCACUUAAGAUUGAUUAGUCUUUCAAAUAACCAUCUUUCUGGUACAAUUCCUCCUUGCCAUGUCGCUGCUGUUGCACAAGCUCCCAGUUCUUUCUCCACUGAAGACCCAAUAGAGUUCACAACAAAAAACAUAUCCUACUCUUACAAGGGAAGAGUCCUCACUUAUCUGUCUGGAAUUGAUAUCUCUUGCAACAAUUUGACUGGUGAGCUUCCCCCCCAAGUAAAAAACAUCCAAAAUGUCCGCAUUUUGAAUGUGUCUUUCAACAGUUUGACAGGACCAAUCCUACCAACAAUUUCUGAACUCAGGCAAAUUGAGAGUCUCGAUCUUUCUCACAACAACUUCAGCGGGAAAAUCCCAUCUCAACUUGUGGGGUUAAAUUACUUGUCUUUUUUCAGUGUGGCAUACAACAAUUUAUCUGGAAAAACUCCUGAAAGGACUGCGCAAUUUGCAACAUUUGAGGAAAGUAGCUACCUGGGAAAUCCUUUUCUUUGUGGCGCACCGCUGCCAAACAACUGCUCGGAUGGACCAUCAUCAUCAAUGCCAAAGGCUUCAAAUGACAACGGUUCAAUUGACAUGUAUAUCUUUUAUUGGUUUGUCAUAAAGGAUUCCAUAGUAACUAAAAGGCAAACAUGUGUACAUAAUACAUCCAAGACGUCAUUAAACACCACUAGAAGGGCAAAACUACAUCAUACUGGAUAUGUUUGA